CAUUACUCGCAAAACAUAACAAGAGAAACCCUCCCUCUUUAAAGUCAAAGUCUCUUUCCAUUGCACGCAGAAGCCCAGUUUCUCGAAAGAAACAAGCUUCGAUCUUUCAUCAAUUUCGCAAAUAGAAACACAACAAUGGCUCGCUCCAUCUCCAGCGCCAAGCUCAUCUCAGCGGCGGUCACAAAGGCAAUCACCGGCGGGAGAGGAUUCUCCGCCGCCGCUGCUGCCGGAAAAGCCGCGGUAGGGAAGGGAGGCUCUUCUUCUGUAACCGCCGCAACGAGCGGAAUGGGGAAGAAAACAGGGGAAGCAAGCAAGAGCAGCUGGGUUCCUGACCCGCGCACCGGUUUCUACCGACCCGAGAAUGUUGCCGAAGAGAUCGACGCCGCCCAGCUCCGUGCUCUCCUCUUGAAGAAACACUAAAACAUGAUUCAACUUCAUGAGAACAUGAAGAUCCAUACUGUAACGCCGCCAUCGGUGCUCUGUUCUUUCACCAAAUAAACUAGCUUUUGAAAGCUGGAAAUUUUGUUGCUUGUAAUUUUGUGAAGGGCCUCUCAAAUUGAAUUCAAAUCGUUCCGUUUAAUCUUUGUAUGUUGACUCUUGUUCCUAACCAAUAUCCCAAUAAAGCAAUCUGCCUUCA